CUCCUCCCCGGCGCCGCGGCGCUCGCCGGGUGCUGUAGUUCCCGGCGGGCGGGCCAUGGCUCCCCGUUCCUGAGUGCCCUUGGAGCGCAGCCCUGCUGGAGUGGAAGAGUUACCUGGAUUGUCGGUGACUCCGCCUGCCCUGGAGGAUAAAGGUCUCUGGGCUGCUGCUCCUCCCUGCAGACUUUCUCCUGGCAACCUCUGGGAUAAGCUCUGGGAAUCACCUUGUCUUCACUCUAUCCUUGGCUCCUCCCCUCUUGGAUCCUUGGAGUGAUUAGUUUCUUCUUCCCUGUUCUCCCUUCAUAGACGGACCUACUAACAGCCCCUUUCCUGAAAUGUCCCUGCUCUUUAUUUUGGGACACCUUUUAAACAAACGUUCCUCCCUCCUUUACCAAAGCAGACGAUGGCUGCCAAAGAUCCAUGGCUGAGCGGGUGCUGGUCCUCGGCGGUGGGGGCAGAGAACACGCCCUGGCCUGGAAGUUGGCCCAGUCCCCACAUGUCAAACAUGUGUUUGUGGCUCCAGGAAAUGCAGGAACAGCUGACAAUGGAAAAAUUUCCAAUGCAGCUGUCCCGGUCAGUGAUCACGCUGCCCUCGCCCAGUUCUGCAGAGAUCAAGACAUCAGGCUGGUGGUGGUUGGUCCAGAGGUCCCUCUUGCUGCUGGGGUUGUGGAUGACCUGACAGCAGCUGGGAUCAGGUGUUUUGGCCCCACAGCAAAGGCAGCUCAGCUGGAGUCCAGCAAGAGCUUUUCCAAGGCCUUCUUUGACCGUCAUGGCAUCCCAACUGCGAGGUGGAAAGCCUUCACUGACCCCAGGGCAGCCUGCAGCUUUAUUAACAGUGCAAACUUCCCUGCUCUGGUGGUGAAGGCCAGUGGCCUGGCAGCUGGCAAAGGAGUCAUCGUGGCCUCGACCAAGGCAGAGGCCUGCAAAGCUGUCACUGAAAUGAUGCAGGAUAAGAGUUUUGGCACAGCUGGGGAAACUGUCGUUGUUGAAGAGCUUCUUGAAGGAGAAGAGAUUUCUUGCUUGUGUUUCACCGACGGCGUCACCGUCGCCCCGAUGCCGCCCGCCCAGGACCACAAGAGGCUGCUGGACGGGGACGAGGGGCCCAACACGGGAGGGAUGGGAGCCUACUGCCCAGCUCCUCAGAUUUCUAAAGAUUUGCUGCAGCAAAUCAGAGAUACUGUACUUCAGAAGACUGUUGAUGGCAUGAGGAAAGAAGGUGUCCCCUAUUUGGGUGUGCUUUAUGCUGGAUUAAUGCUCACCAAAGAUGGGCCUAAAGUUCUGGAGUUUAACUGCAGAUUCGGUGACCCAGAGUGUCAGGUAAUUCUGCCCCUGCUGCAGAGUGAUUUGUACGAGGUCAUGCAGGCAGUUGUGGACAAAAGGCUCUCCAGCUCCCUGCCAGUGUGGCUGGAGGGCAGUGCAGCCGUGACCGUGGUCAUGGCCAGCCAGGGCUACCCGGGGGCCUAUCCCAAGGGCUUGGAAAUCACAGGGCUGGCCCAGGCCCAGCAGCUGGGGCUGGAGGUGUUCCACGCUGGCACGGCCCUGCGGGACGGCCGGGUGCUGACCAGCGGGGGCCGCGUGCUGACCGUCACCGCCCUGGGCCACGACCUGCCCACGGCCCUGCAGCAGGCCAACAGGGGGGUGGCCUCCAUCCACUUCCAGGGGGCCAUCUACAGGAAGGACAUUGGUGCUCGGGCCAUAGCUUUCCUCAGGCAAUCCAGAGGCCUGACUUACAAGAACAGUGGGGUGGACAUUGCAGCAGGGAACACUCUGGUUCAGAAGAUCAAGCCCUUGGCUGCAGCCACGUCCAGGUCAGGCUGCAAUGCAGAACUCGGGGGCUUUGCUGGGCUCUUUGACUUGAAGGCAGCUGGUUACAGAGAUCCCAUCUUGGUGUCUGGAACUGAUGGGGUUGGCACAAAACUCAAGAUUGCACAGGAGUGUCACAAGCACGACACCAUCGGGCAGGACCUGGUGGCCAUGUGUGUCAACGACAUCCUGGCCCAGGGAGCAGAGCCCCUCUUCUUCCUCGACUACUUCGCCUGCGGCAAACUGGACGUGGACGUGGCUCAGGGGGUCAUUGCAGGGGUUGCUGAUGCCUGCAAGAAGGCUGGCUGUGCUCUGCUGGGAGGAGAGACGGCCGAGAUGCCGGGCAUGUACCCGCCCGGGGAGUACGACCUGGCCGGCUUCGCCGUGGGGGCCGUGGAGAGGGGGCAGAUGCUGCCCCAGCUGGACAGGAUCUCGGAUGGGGACGUGCUCAUCGGGGUGGCCUCCUCUGGGGUGCACAGCAACGGCUACAGCCUCGUCAGGAAGAUCGUGGAAAAGUCCUCCCUGGACUUCUCCUCUCCCGUUGGUGCCUCUGGGGACCAGACUUUAGGAGAGCUCCUGUUGACCCCAACCAAACUCUACAGCAAGACCCUGCUGCCCGUGCUGCGCUCGGGCCACGUGAAGGCCUUUGCCCACAUCACUGGGGGGGGACUGCUGGAAAACAUUCCCAGGGUGCUCCCUGACUCCUUCGGUGUCGUUUUAGAUGCUCUUACCUGGAAGAUCCCUGAAAUCUUCAGCUGGCUGCACAAGGAAGGGAACCUGUCUGAGGAGGAGAUGGCCCGGACGUUCAACUGCGGGAUCGGGGCCGUGCUGGUGGUGCAGAAGGAGAUGGCUCAGCAGGUCCUGCAGGAUGUCCAGAGACACGAGGCAGCCUGGCUCAUUGGGAAGGUUGUCCCCCUGCAAAAAGGCUCUGACAGCGUUCAAGUCCACAAUCUGCAGCGAGCCCUGCAGGCCAACAGGUCCCUGUCUGUGCAGAGCCACCUCCAGGGCAGGAUGCAGGCAGGCAAGGUGAAGGUGGCUGUCCUGAUCUCUGGAACAGGCACAAACCUGGAAGCCCUGAUCAACAGCACCAAGAAAAGCACCAGUUUUGCCCAGAUCGUCCUGGUGGUGUCCAACAAGCCCGGGGUGGAGGGGCUGAGGAAAGCUGAGAGAGCUGGGAUCCCUACAAGGGUGAUCGAGCACACGGCCUUCCCCAGCCGCGCCGACUUCGACGGCGCCGUCGACCAAGUGCUGCGGGAGUUCUCCGUGGAGCUCGUCUGCCUGGCGGGGUUCAUGAGGAUCCUGUCGGGCCCCUUCGUCAAGAAGUGGGAAGGGAAGAUCCUGAACAUCCACCCGUCCCUGCUGCCGUCCUUCAAGGGGGCCCACGCGCACCGGCUGGUGCUGCAGGCGGGCGUGCGCGUCACGGGCUGCACCGUGCACUUCGUGGCUGAGGAGGUGGACGCCGGAGCCAUCAUUUUCCAGGAGGCGGUGCCGGUGAAGGUGGGCGACACGGAGCAGACGCUGGCGGAGCGGGUGAAGGAGGCAGAGCACAGGGCCUUCCCUGCCGCCCUGCAGCUGGUGGCCAGCGGUGCUGUGAGAGUGGGGGAGGCUGGGAAGAUCUGCUGGAAGUAGGAGCAGCAGCACGUCCAUGGAUGUCCUUGGAGGGGACAGCUGGGGGGCCCUGGCUGACCCACAGCACGGACAGCGUUCCCUUCACUCCCCUCAUGGCCUCACAGGGCUAAAGAUUCAAAUAAAAUCCAGAGAAAGCCACAAACGGGAAUGUUGAGGCUGUUCCCAGGAGGUGCAGCAAUGGCUCUGGUGCUUCCUAAUUUUAAUCACUUCCUUGCCAACAUUUGGGGUCUCGGUCGCUUUCCUAACAAAGCAAACCCCCCCCCGGUGGUUCCAGAGGGGGCUGAGCACCUCUGGGACUGAAUGGGGACAGCAGAGCUGGGACAGGGCUUCUCCUGGGCUCUGCUGGGAAGUGUCUGGGGGAAAAGUACAAUGGAAGAGAAAGGCAGAAACUUUCACUCAUAAAAACCUCGGGCAAACCAAGAGAAAACAGCCUCCCCAAACACCAGCUGUUGGAUUUUUUACCAUCUAGUUUCUGGUUUGAUGGUGGUAGAUCUUGUCUGGCCCAAUUCUCUGAUAUAUCCUGGAAUUCCAAGCACUGAACCUGCUGUCAGUCAGAUGCCAAUGGGAUUCAGUGUGUGCUGCCUGUUUUCCCUCAGCAUUCCCACAUAGCCCAGGAAUUCCCCUCAGAGAUUUGUCCAGCACCAGAACAGUCGGGUUUCUGGGUUUUUAAAAUGAGCAGAAAGACCUGACACAAAACUUGUCCUUGGCUUGUGAGACAUUCCUCAGGAAUUCUGGAGUGCCUUUAUUCUUGGAGCAGUGUUUCCACCUGGAGUGGCUCUGAUGGACACCCAGUGACUGUGAACAUGGGAAAACAAUCCAGGUCUUUGUGCAGCUCAGCACCUGUAGUUUUCUUUUAAUAUUUUAGUACAGCUGUGGAACCAUUUUAAUGUACUCACUCAAGGAAUCAGGCUUCCCUCCCACAGAGGAGAGGGAGCUGAGGAUGUGCUUUACAGCUCCCCCUUAAUACAGAGAAAGCUGAUUUUAUUCUGGGCUCUCAUGUCCUGAUGGUACUUCCAUGUUGGCAUAAUCUCCUUUGGAUUUGAAAUAAAGUCUAAUAAGGUAAAAAAAAAAAAAUCAAUCUAAAA